UGUAACUGUUCGGCUAGUAUGCAUUAGUGUGUUGAUAACUCGAUAGGUGAUGAAAACAGUGUACAUACAAUUAACUGACAGUACGGAAUUAACACACACAUCAAUAUGGAGAGUUUUAAUACGACAACUCUUCUGCUAAUGGGAAUUAUACUUCCCCUGGUUACUGGAUUGAGUUGUUCAUCAGACGAGUUUGAAUCAAAUUCGACAGAUCUAUGUUGCAGUAAAUGUGAUCCAGGAUUUGGAUUGGUUAAUCAGUGUACACGUGAUAAUGCAACUGAAUGUCUAUCUUGUGUUCUGGGGGAAACGUAUUCGUCACCAAAUGCGCACGCGCAGAUAUGUGUUCCCUGUACUUCCUGUCAGAUGAACGAACACAUUGUGACGGAAUGUAAUAGAACCCACGACACAGUUUGUGUGUGUAAUAUAGACUUCUAUUACGACGAGAGUAAGAAAGGAUGUGAAAUAUGUGAUUCGUGUAAAAAAGGAUUCGGGGCUUUACGACCUUGUACAGGUACCCAUAAUUCCGUGUGUAUGGGAUGCGGUAAUAGAACGUUCUCGGAUAAAACUAGUGCAAUAUCUAUAUGUAAGCCGUGCUCUAAGUGUGUUGGAAAUCAGGUGGAGACAGAAGCUUGUACACCGGAACAGGACACAGAAUGUACAGACGUGAUAUUUGGUCUGUAUACAACGAAGCCUCAGUCAAACCGACGAGGGAAUGAAUAUCCGACCAAAACGGAAGAAAAAUCCUUUGACAUCAUUCCAGUUUACUGCUCAAUCCUGGGCUCGGUGAUUGUGGGAUUACUAGCGUACGUAAUGUACAAACAUUACUCGCGAAUUCGGGACAAGAAGCGACACAAAGGCCACGACUUUCACGAUGACGUAGAAUAUUCCAAAACCUCUGGUGCAGACAGUGGAGUUUUCGAGGACACAGAUCAUCACGGGUAUAGACCAUGCAAGGAAAUAGGUCAUCACUGCAAAUACAAUCAGCUCACAAGAAUACGGGACUUACCACAGACAAAGAAAAAAGAAAUAGAAAAACACUUGGCCGUCAAAAGGGCUGGAGCCGAGCGAUUGGUCGAGGACUGGAAAAUUUUAGCGCGAGAAUUAGGUUAUACCAGUAAGAAGAUGGACAAAAUAGCCAAUAAAAAUAAAGACACUCUGUCAAUUGUGCAGUAUCUACUAUCUGAUUGGUCCAAGAGCCGAACAGCAACCGUGGGCGUGUUUAUAAAAGCCCUGAUUGACAUUGGCAGACCGGAUGUUGUAAAACUUUUACAAAAUGACGGGAAAACUGAAACGCUCGUUCAUAUGGUGUGACACAUGGCAUUCGUGACGUUGUGUUAUUAAUUUAAGAUAGCUCGUGACAUUCUAUUGAAAUCAUGUACUUUGUAUUUGAAUGAUUAACGUCAAAACGUAAUCAAAAUGUAUGUACAGAGGGGUCUUUUGUUGGAAACAUGAACAUCUGAAUGCCCAUCUUCUUUAUAUUUAUAGAAAAAAAACGUGUUGUUUGUUGCAAACAAACGAUAAUAUAUUAUGUAACCUACCGCAACCAGCCGUUUAACAUAUUAACGCCUGGUUUGAUAUUCUUACCCAUUGAAGACAAUAUAAGGACGGAACGUAAACGAAAUUCAUAAACAGAAGGGUCUAUAUUUAAUCAUGUGGCCAGCAAGAUCAAGUCAACUGUCACUGCUACAGAUAUAUUUAUUUCUUAAUUGUAUGGAGGAUUAUAUAUUAAAUACAACCAACAGACAUUUAACAGACACCGGAUUUGAAGUUCUCAUUCAAUUUGUACAUCAAAAUCAAAACAAUAUCUAACUUUAAACCCACGAAGUAGACAGAAAAAGACUGACAAAAUCAAGUCUGAAAUUUAAUCAUUAUUACAAGAUAAGCUGGCCUUUCAUUUGUUGUAAGUUAUACCUCUGUGUAGGUAUCGUCCACUGAAGCCCAAUCAAGUUUUAUCAAGCCAUGAUUAUUAAAUAAUAAGAAAUCCUGUUAUAUGCAUUGAAUACCCUUGAGCUUAUACCUAUACAAGUUUCUUAUUUUCUGCAACACAUGAAUGCUGACAGUUUCAAGUUCGCUAGUCGUUAAAAUGAUGCAUACUACAUAUAUGUAUUGGAGUAGUUCUUAAAGAGCAAUGUGUUAAACUAUCGCCAUUUUCGCCCCCUAUAAUGAAGUAGAAUUUACAGCGAAUAUUGAUAAGAUGGACGUAACUUACUCAUAUAUAUGAUUGCACCUUUAAAAUUUGGUAAUAUUUAUCGUAUGCCAGGAAGUUAUUAGAUAUUUGUGUAUAAAUAAGAUAUAAGGGCAAAAUUAACGCUUUGUGACUACGGAUUUUAACGGCAAAUAGCGAACAUUUAACUGGGCGAAAGUUUCCCGAUAUACGUUGGUUGUUAAAUGUCCAAAUACGUUUUGGCUAUUUUAAGGCGUUUAUACUAACCAGGUAUUCUAUUAUGGUAUUCAGCUUAAUCUAUAAUUGGUUAAUGCACCCGCAUUACCAGGUCAGGGUAUGUAUAAAUUCUAUGGUCUAUAUUGUUGAUAGUCCUGCGUUUAUUUGUCAGUAUUCAUGGUAUAUUUUUUAUAAGAUGGAAAAUCGCAAUUACAGUUAGAGGUGAUCGUAGUAAAUCCCCAAUGUUGUGGAAUUAUGUGGCGUCGUGUGUAUAGUCCCAAUGACAUCUGCUUCAAUGUCAGUAAAGUUACCACGAUACUUGGUCGUGAUUUAGUGUUUAUAGUCCCAAAUAACAGCUCUAAUUAGGUAAAAGUCCCACUAUGUUUGGUCAGAAGAUUUCAUCCAUUGUCCCUAUUACAGCUCUAAGUUUGUUAAAAUCCCCAAAACGUUAGUCAUGAUAUGGUGUUUAUAGUCAAAUAACAGCUUUAAGCUGGUAAAAGUCCGACAAUCUUUCGUCAGAAUAUUGCAUCUAAAAUCGCAAUUACAAAACUCCCCAAAAGUUGGUUGUGAUUUAGUGUUUUAUAGUCCCAAUAACAGCUCUAAGUUAGUCAAAGUCCCAAAAUGUUUGGUUAUAUUAUACAUGCACUUGUAGCGAUUAUCGUGCGCACGACAACUGUCUAAGUCCCAUAAUAGUUUAUCAUAAAAUGAUAUAUGGUGUGUGUGUGUGUUUGUGUUUGUAUGUGUAUGUGUGCAACAAAGGUAUUCUAAUUGGACAAUAUAAAUGCCUUGUGACUUUGAUAUAGUCACAUUCUCCAGUAUAUAUAACGUUAACAGUUUAUUCCUUUGUUAAAUUGGUUAAAGAUAUAUGUCACACAAUCAAUAUAUGAUUUGUGAUUAGGUUAUCUCCUUUAAACAAUUAAUUACAAUUCUUAAUCAUCAAAAUACUACCGGCUCGUUUGUAUUAUUACCGUCCGUCUUUGUUCUUCUAUUCUGGUGUUGACUUUUCUUCAAUAUGUACUCGUCAUUUUUAUAUUUGUUGAUAACAAAAGGUAAAACAUUGGAAACAGUAGCACAUACUCAUCUUCAAAAGACUUAAAGUGUUUGAAGUAAGCACGGACUAAGUAAUACCUAUAGUAUUUCAGUCAGUCCCGUGUUUGGUUAGUUCUUCAUAUUUGAAAUUGUAUAAGGUCAUACUAACCAUAACUGUGUGACCGGUAUAGGAGCAAUAUAUGUGUACGCACACGUUCACAAGAUAGAAAUGAUGAACUGUGUGAAUUCACAGUUGGUGCUUUAAAAAACGGGCACACAAUGUAUUUGUUAAAUUUCAUUUAUUUCCGAAAAUGUAAUAUACAAUUGUGUGAAAGAGUAGUCUGCCUUAUCAUGAUUUGAAAAACUAGACCUUAAAUCCAAAUUUGAUGAACUUAUCUGUUUCAAGAUUCAAGAGUAUAGCGUUUAGCAUUGUCUCGAUGAAAUGUUCUGAUGAGUUUUCGAUAUAAAUCAAAUCUACACCGAUGAAAAUGUUUGUUUGAUAUUGUCGUAAAUUAUUUCAUGCAUUAUGUUGAUUUCAUUGACUUGAUAUUGUGCGGCUGAACGUGUGUUAAUGUUUGCAUGUUAUUUUCACUUUGUUACCCGUCUUUAAUUUUUUGGGUCAUUCCGUUAAUUUUUCAGACUUUCAAAUUAUUUGCACUGCAGAAAAUAAAGGCUCAUUUCUAAUAUAACUGCCAUCAAAAUAAACAUAUUCAAAAUUUAAAAAUGAUUACUGAAACGCGUCUAAUAAACUAAGGUAAAUAGACAAAAGUCAAUACAAGCGUAGAUAUCUGUUUUGUUGGAUAAGCUUCAUCCCCGAUACUCCAGGAGCUACGCUCUCUGCAACCCUGGGAUAUGUCAUACAUGUAGCAAAACUAAAGGCGCCACUUUGUUGAUGAGACGAGAAGACUAGUUUGAUACUUUGAUGUACAUCAAAAGAAUCCCUCGGUCGCGUAACGGUAAAAUUGAGUGGUUUUGAAGUCGGUUGUCGCUUUUCUGUAAUUUUAAAGGCCAAGGUACCAGCCUAGCGAUUGGUCAAGGUUUUUUUCUUCAAAUGAGACCAAUAAAAUUGCUAGCUGCGUGUCAUCAAAUUUGCUAUGACAUUGUUCAGGGGUGCAGAGAGCGAAAGAAAAUAUUAUACCUGGAUUAUUUCAUUUUACAUUUAUUAAUAGUGAAAUUACACACGACUGUUCUGGUUCAUUGCUUACCUCAAAUCCAGUAACGUAAAAACGCGUCACAUUUCUUUAUGAUUAAAUUAGGUUAUUGAACAUCAAUUUGGACCGAUGGUGUCAUUAAAAGUGAUUGAUUAGAGUACAAGGAUAUCUCAUUCACUUAAAAUAUGUGAAGUGGGGUUUCCUUUUACUGUCAUCAUAUAUUGCAAUUAUUUUUGUUUUCCAAUGUUUCACGUAAAUUUUCAAAACAAAUUCUUUAGAAAAAGGGCAAGUAAAACCAAGGUGAUAACGAUAGAUGAGUUGGAAAUAAAACGAGGGCGUUAUAACGAGGGACAUUAUACAUAUAACGAGGUUUUACUGAGUAAAUUAUGAUUACAUAUACGAAAAUAUAAUAAACUUACCACAGACUUCAUACAACCAUCUCAGUUUCAUGUAUGUCAGUUUCCAUUUAUAUUUUGAAAUCGAUAUUAACCGCUUUAGUAGUAAAUUUAUGAAAAUUUUCAAAACCCGUUUUUGUGUAAUUUCAAAAAUAUAUUUCACACACAAGUUAGUUUGUUUUAUUCAUUUUUUCAACAUGACCUGUUUCCCCCUAUAUUUCUUUACAGUAUUUACCCAUUCUCCCUCUUUUUCUUUUCUUUUCCCCUACUCUUAACAAAAAUAGUAAAUUUUACGAAUUAUUGUUUUGUGUAUGUUGUAUUAGGACAGAACUUUUGUAAACAAUUUGUUUGUUUGAAUUAUGGGUCUUUUAAGACAAUCCAUCAUAAAUGUUUCAUAUAGAUCACAAAAUUAUAUGAAAAACUGAAGCUGCAGAUUUGCCUCGUUUUCUAAAGAUGAAGUGAGGCAGAUGUUGGAACUGGUAGCGGUAACCAUAAAAAACGAUUGUAUUUUUUUCUGUGAAAAGUCAUAUUUUUUUCCUGAUAAGUUUACGUUAUUUUACGUUACAUUCUGUUUCUGAACUGCUUUGACGAGAAUUCGUUUUCGAAACUACUACCUUGUUACUAUGGUAACAAAUUUGUUUGAACGUUUGAUGUCAACAGAAGCACUGUAAACGUACACAUUUUAGCGAGCUCAAAUUUUAGCGCUCUACCGAAUUAUCCAGCUUAUAGCUUGAUGAAUUGUUGCGCCCACAACAUCUGCAAUAGAAAAACAACAUACAGGACCCCUUCUUGGCGCAGUCAUUAUUUAGCGUAAAAUAAAACGCGAAAAUCGCUAAAAUAAGACUACUGCUAAAAUAUGUACGCCUACAGUAUAAUAAGAGCAUGAGUAGAGUAUAUUGGCGUAAGUUAUACUAGAGUACUUGUUUGAGUAUAAAUGUUGUACUAUUGUGAAAGUGCCUGAAAGUUCUGUAUAAAAUUGUAUGUUUGGCACCUGUUUAAAACGGUUGCUUUUAGUGUGAUAGCAGUAUGUUUGGAACUCUUACAAGUAUGAUAACAAAAUGUAUGAAUCUUUGUCUGAUUAAUCUGUUCGUAUGAUUAAAGUGUGUUAGUGUAAAUGAUUAUUCAUUUAUUAUACACAAUAACGGUAUGCUAGUUGUAUUGGUUUGGUUACGACUUUGUGAGUAUGUUUGUUAACUUAAAUGACUUAAGUACAUAUGUGACGCGCGAUAUUGUUAUGUAUGGUAACAGUAAAUAUGACGUCAGUGUAUCUAAACACGUGAUAUUUGUAUGCAUAGUAACAGUUUAUAUGACGUCAGUAUAUAUUUGAACAGUUGAUAUAUGCAGGGUAACAGUAUAUAUAAGACCACACUCAUUUUCCUACAUCUUCACUAGUUAGAUCAUAAUCACGUGGAUGUCUAUGCUUUGUGCUAUUGACUCGGUCUUACUAUUUUUAGAAACAUCGGGUUAAUAUUCAUUUUAUGACGUCGUUUCAAUUGUGACGUCACAAUGCUUUAUGCCAAAUGCAAAACUUUCUUCCAUACAAUUUUUAUACGUUCCGUCUCUUUCAAUGAUGAAAACAUUAUUAAGCAUCUAAGAUAACGAUUACAGACUUUUAUUUCGAUGAAUAUGUGGUUUUAUGGACCUUGGAAAAAUAUACUAACCUCGUCUCCAUCUCGGUCAAUAUCACUUUCCGCAAUUGAUAAAUAUGAAUUUGAGUUCCUUUUUCAUAACAUCACCUUUUUUACUCAAUAUCUUUAUAUGAACAAGAAAUAAACCUAAAAUAAUUAUUGUGCCGAAGAGCUGGAAUAUAGAAUUUUAUUACAAAAUCUGACCUUAACGAGUUUUUUCAGAAUACAUAUGAGAAGCAAACGUUAUAUUGUUGCUUACAUAAUUAUUUUUAAAUUCGAUAUUCUUUAAGUAACCUUUACAUUUGCUUUUUUAUUCAAACAUGUAUUUGUAAAUGUUACGUUUUUAUCGUUAGGAUGACAUUUUGAAACGUAUUCGUAAUAAUGAAUGAGCUUAAAUAUAAAUAUGAAACUUUCAGAAAAAAAAGAUAUAACAAUGAAUUUUGAAAACAAUUGUCCUUUUUCAGUAAGAAUGCCUGUAUGUGAUUGUAAGCUUGACAACAGUAAGUAAGAGACGUAUGGAUGAAUUGUUCUAAAAUGGCGUACACGAGGUGCACACUGUUGACAUGUGGUAAACAACAUUUUUGUCUGCGAUACUCUCAAUCGUCUUUGAAGUCUUACCUUUGUUUCUUUCCAUGUUUCACUUUCUUGUUUUAAUAAAAAGAUACUGAUUGUUAUCUUUUGUUG